AAAAUUUGGUAAACAGCAGCAUUAAAAUGAGUUUUCUAAUAAAUAAUAUUACAAGACAAAUUGUUCGUAAUCACCGUCAGCUUUUAAUACAAUGUAGUCAAUUCGCGACAGAUGGCAAGAUCAUUGAGGAGAUGACAAAGAAGAAUAAAGUGGUAGUUUUCAUGAAAGGCAAUCCAGAAGCUCCGAAAUGUGGAUUCUCAAAUGCUGUUGUACAAAUCUUUCGAAUGCAUGGAGUUGAUUUUGAGGCUCAUGAUGUGCUGGCUGAUGAAGAACUUAGGCAAGGAAUUAAAGAUUUCAGUAGCUGGCCAACAAUUCCACAAGUAUUUAUAAAUGGAGAGUUUGUCGGUGGAUGUGAUAUCCUUCUACAAAUGCAUAAAGAUGGACAAUUAAUUGAUACACUAUGGAAGAAUGCUGGAAUCAAGAGUGCAUUAGCAGAGGAUGAGACUGAAGGCAGUAAAGAUGACGAAAAGUCAAAAUAGUCAGUUUAAAUGCGUAAUAGGAAAGGCUUUAUUAAUUGGUCUGAUAGAAUGAGUUACAAAGCGAUAAUAAAAUAAUAUUAUUAACC